UCACAAGGUCGUUUACUUUCCUACAAUUUCCGGAGAGAAAGAAUAUCAUCAAGUAUUCUCCCGGAAAAUUUAUUGAUUUUCUCGUGAAAAAUGUUCUAUCUGCGAUUACAAUUUUUCCUCUGAUUCUUUCUUGCUUCACUUUCUAGUAUACUCAUUCUUCAUUUUCAGUAAAAUUAAGCCGAAGAGAGAUUUUUUUUUUUUUUUUUUAAACAGAAAAAAAUGCAGAGAGUGAGCUUUGAAGUGUCGGGUUCAGGCUACAACUCCGACGCCGAAAGCAGCGGCUACAUGAGCGGUCCGAUGAGCGGUCAACUCCCUCCGGUUUACAAAAAACCAGCGAUCAAGAACUCCGGAUUCUCGGGGGAGCACAGGCGUCCCCAGGCGCCGUACGUGGACAUCACGGUAGACGUCCACGACGACAGGGUAUCCGUAAACAGCCUCAAAUCCCCCGGGUCGGAAGGCGGGUCCAGCGUCGAAGAGAGUCCAGAGCUCACGCUUCUGAAACGCAACCGCCUCGAGAAGAAAACGUCUGUGGUGAAGCGUCUAGCCUCUGUUUCUCACGAGCUCAAGCGCAUUACGUCCGUCUCUAGCAGUAGUACGAGGAAGGCGGGUCGCGGCGCGGCGAAGUUAGACCGGACGAAAUCGGCAGCGGCUCAGGCUUUGAAGGGGCUUAAGUUUAUCAGCAAAAACGACGGUGGCGCGGGAUGGUCCGCCGUCGAGAAGCGGUUUAAUCAGAUCACGGCGACGACCGGUGGGUUGUUGAUUCGAACCAAGUUCGGUGAGUGUAUUGGGAUGAACUCGAAGGAGUUUGCAUUGGAGUUGUUUGAUGCGUUGGCUAGACGAAGGAACAUAACGGGGGAAGUGAUCGAUGGAGAUCAGUUGAAAGAGUUUUGGGAACAGAUCAAUGAUCAAAGCUUUGAUUCAAGGCUUAAGACAUUUUUUGACAUGGUGGAUAAAGAUGCUGAUGGUAGACUUACCGAAGAUGAAGUUAGAGAGAUUAUAGGUCUUAGUGCAUCUGCAAACAAUCUAAAUACAAUCCAGAAGAGAGCUGAUGAAUAUGCUGCACUUAUCAUGGAAGAGCUGGAUCCAGACAAUAUAGGCUACAUCAUGUUGGAGAGUCUUGAGACACUGCUUUUGCAAGCGGCGUCACAGUCUGUAAUAACAAGUACUGGGGAGAGAAAGAACCUGAGCCAGAUGAUGAGUCAGAGGCUUAAGCCUACGUUUAACCGCAACCCAUUGAAGCGAUGGUACCGUGGACUCAGGUUCUUCGUGCUAGACAACUGGCAAAGAUGUUGGGUUAUAGUUCUAUGGCUCAUAGCUAUGGCCAUACUCUUUGUAUACAAAUACAUCCAAUACAGGCGUAGCCCGGUGUAUCCAGUGAUGGGAGAUUGUGUGUGCAUGGCUAAAGGUGCAGCGGAAACGAUUAAGCUGAACAUGGCUUUGAUUCUCUUACCUGUUUGCAGAAACACCAUCACAUGGCUUAGGAAUAAGACCAGGUUGGGUCGUGUUGUCCCAUUUGAUGAUAAUCUCAACUUCCACAAGGUUAUAGCGGUGGGGAUUUUAGUUGGAGUAACGAUACACGCCGGUGCACAUUUAUCUUGCGAUUUCCCACGGCUACUAGACGCAACACCAGAACAGUAUAGGCCUUUAAGGCAGUUUUUUGGGGAGGAGCAACCACAGAGCUAUUGGCAUUUUGUAAACUCUGUUGAAGGUAUAACCGGACUUGUAAUGGUUCUGUUGAUGGCGAUUGCUUUCACAUUAGCCACUCCUUGGUUCAGAAGAGGGAAGCUUAACCUUCCAGGACCGUUAAAGCAGCUAGCUAGCUUCAAUGCCUUUUGGUACACUCACCAUUUGUUCGUCAUAGUCUACGUUCUCCUUGUUGCUCAUGGAUACUACUUGUAUAUCACCAAAGAUUGGCGCCAAAAGACGACUUGGAUGUAUUUGGUGGUACCAGUGGUUCUAUACGGGUGCGAAAGGUUGAUACGAGCAUUCAGGUCCAGCAUCAAGGCAGUGACUAUUAGGAAAGUGGCAGUUUAUCCAGGAAACGUUUUGGCAAUACAUUUGUCAAGGCCUCAAAACUUCAAAUACAAGAGUGGUCAAUACAUGUUUGUUAACUGUGCUGCUGUAUCUCCAUUUGAAUGGCAUCCAUUUUCAAUCACCUCUGCACCACAAGAUGAUUACCUUAGUGUCCAUAUUAGAGUUCUUGGAGAUUGGACAAGGGCUCUCAAAGGAGUCUUUUCUGAGGUGUGUAAGCCACCUCCGGCAGGAGUUAGUGGUCUGCUGAGAGCCGACAUGAUGCAUGGUGCAAAUAAUCCCGACUUUCCGAAAGUCUUGAUCGAUGGUCCAUACGGUGCACCAGCGCAAGACUACAAAAAGUACGAGGUGGUUCUGCUGGUUGGUCUCGGAAUCGGAGCCACACCAAUGAUCAGUAUCGUCAAAGACAUUGUCAACAACAUCAGGGCCAAAGAACAAGCCGAACUCAACCGAAUGGAGCAUGGAACAAGCGAACCACAACAACGAAACAAGAAAGAGAGUUUCAGGACACGUAGGGCUUACUUCUACUGGGUUACGCGUGAACAAGGCUCUUUCGACUGGUUUAAGAACAUAAUGAACGAGGUCGCGGAAAGAGAUACCAACCGUAUCAUCGAGCUUCAUAAUUAUUGUACAAGCGUCUAUGAAGAAGGUGACGCCCGUUCUGCGCUUAUACAUAUGCUUCAGUCACUGAACCAUGCAAAGAACGGCGUCGAUAUUGUCUCUGGAACAAGAGUUAUGUCCCAUUUUGCUAAACCUAAUUGGAGAAAUGUUUACAAACGCAUAGCCAUGGAUCAUCCUAACACUAAAGUUGGAGUAUUCUACUGUGGAGCACCAGCAUUGACAAAGGAGCUAAGGCAUUUAGCUUUAGAUUUCACCCACAAGACAAGCACUAGAUUUUCCUUCCACAAAGAGAAUUUCUAAAGGAACACACUGAACUAAAAGGCAUAAGCAACAACAGCAGGAAAAAAAAGAUGCAUGACUUAUGUUUAUCGUAAUUUCACUUCUUUUAUACAAUUUACUUAAUUAUAUAUGUAUACUUGUAUGUGCGCAUGCACCACCCACUUGAGUACUUGACUGUAGAUUUCCU